UGGAGGGGAAGUUUGGGAAAAUCCCACCACAAAGGAUGGACGAAAAAUUCACAACAUUAGCUCAGUUGAGUUUGUGCAGUUCGAACGGAACGAUCCAUCACGAUGAAGCUCUCUGGUGUGAGUUUGUGGGUUGCUUUGGUGUGCUGCACGGUUGGACUUACUUUAGCGAUCGAUUUACGCGAUCCUUCGACACGCAUUAGCGAUGGACAGGUGGCAGAUCCGACCCAGUUCCCAUUCGUUGCGGGAAUUCUUAUAUCCGGCACCUCGGAACGAUCGUUCUGUGCUGGAGCACUGAUUUCUCGCCGUUUCGUGCUAACGGCAGCUGCCUGUGUUGUUGGUUCCAACACGUUCACAGUACUGCUAGGAGCAACCGAUAUGACGCGCAUUGAACAGAUCAUCCCAGUGCUCAACAUUCCUUCGCACAUAAUCGUCCAUCCGGGGUAUAGUUCGCUGCUAAACAGGGACGACAUUGCCCUGCUGCAGUUGUCCCAUGAAGCUAAUCUUACACCGAAUGUUCAGGUGGCUAAUUUACCGCGCCGCUACCAUACCGCUUUCACGUUUAACGAUUGGGCAGCAACGGUAGCCGGCUGGGGUAAUACCGGUAACCGGGAUAAUGAACCUAUUCCGCUGCAGCAGCUGCUAUUCGCUGCCGGAUCGGUAGUGUCCAACUUUGUUUGUGGAAUUUCACACAGCUUCAUCCGUGACGGAAAUAUCUGCAGCUCCACCGACAAUGGAGGGCCGUGCAAUGGAGACGAAGGUGGACCGGUUUGGGUGACAGAGGGUGGUGAAACGUUCAUCAUCGGUAUCCAUUCGUUCCACUACGAUGGACUGUUCGGAUGCGAUCGGGGCCGAUCUUCGGUACAUACGCGCAUUACAGAAUAUCUUGAUUGGAUCGAGACCAACAGUGAUGCAGUGAUUAGACCAUAAAUAGUUCAGAAAUAAACCCAAACGAAAGGAAAGCUACUACAAGUAAAAAUUUUUUUGAUGAAAGUGACUUCGCUUCCAUUCAGGGAUGUUUUCUUUGAAAGAAAAUAUUUUUGGACAAUUAUCACCCUAAAUGAGAGGAUGUUAGCAAAUCUAUAAAACUCCUUGGAUAUAAUUCUUCUCCAAAGUUUGUCAUCUCGCACGAAAUGCACCUGCAUGUACAACGGUUAACACUCGUAUAAUCUUCAGUUGUAGAAUGCAGAACAACCCCAACAUCAUAAAACAGGUAGCCUAGCUGAUUCGUAAAAUUUACCUUAUCAACAGCGUGAUAUACAGAU